UUCGGGUUUCGGACAUCAAGAUCCGACCCGUUAAGCACGCAGAGAGAGCAACGCUCGUCUCGCACGGGCGACGAGCCAACGCCAUCGAGAUCUCACUUCCCUCAUAAACCCCCCCUUCACCAACCCCCAUUGACCUCCAUUUCUAGGGUUUCUUCUCCGAUCUCUUCGCCUCCUGCUCGCCAUUGCUGAGCUCCAUCAUCACCUGAAGGUCAGUCUCUUCUCAAUCCACCAUCCAUCUUUCUAGGGUUUAUGAAUUGCAUUUCUAGAUGAUGUAAAUUAGUCCAAAAAUGGCGAGAAUUAGGUUUCCAAAACGCUAUUUGAUUGUGCUGUUGACCUUCAUCUGCACCAAUGUCUGCUAUGUUGAGCGAAUGGGGUUCUCCAUUGCUUACACUUUCGUUGCGGACGCCAUUGGCGUGGAUCAAUCGAGCAAGGGGGUUAUACUCUCUGCGUUCUAUUAUGGCUAUGUGAUGUCGCAAGUGCCUGGUGGAUGGGCGGCGCAGCGGUUGGGUGGGAGGCGCGUCUUGCUCUUGUCCUUUGUCUUGUGGUCCUUGACCUGUGCUUUGGUCCCUGUUGACCCUUCUAGGGUUGUGUUGCUUGUGAUUGCUCGUUUGCUUGUUGGAGUGGCGCAAGGCUUCAUCUUUCCUUCAAUUCAUACUGUUUUGGCACAAUGGGUGCCUCCUCAUGAGCGUUCUCGCUCCGUGUCAUUGACGAUGUCUGGGAUGUACCUCGGCGCGGCUGCAGGCAUGCUUUUGUUGCCAAGUUUGGUUAAGUUUAAUGGUCCCCGGUCUGUGUUCCUCGUCGAAGCGGCAUUAGGUGCUUUCUGGUCUGUUCUCUGGUAUAAGUAUGCUAGUGAUCCACCUCGUUCUGAUCAUCCCAAGGCCGCUGCUGCUGGUUUUGGAGACACCUAUUUACCGGUAUCAUCGGUGUUCAAAGAUAGCAAAGGGGUUGUUCAAAAGAUCAAAGCACAAAAUGGAGUUAGUUCUGUACAUGCUCCUAAAAUUCCAUGGAAGAAGAUAGUAUUCAGUUUGCCAAUUUGGGCAAUUGUGGUGAAUAACUUCACAUUUCAUUAUGCGUUGUAUGUAUUGAUGAAUUGGUUGCCGACCUAUUUUGAGCUCGGCUUGAAGCUCAGUCUGCAGGAUAUGGGGUCUUCGAAGAUGUUACCUUACUUGAACAUGGUCAUAUUUUCGAAUGUAGGUGGGGUGGCUGCUGAUCAUCUCAUAACAAAAAGGAUCUUAUCAGUGACUAAGACUCGCAAGCUUUUGAACACUGUUGGAUUCCUUAUUGCUGCAAUGGCUCUAAUGGCAGUCCCAUUGUUCCAAACUUCUGGUGGAACUGUUCUCUGUUCUUCAAUAUCUCUCGGGUUCUUGGCUCUAGGGAGAGCUGGAUUUGCCGUGAAUCACAUGGAUGUUGCUCCAAGAUAUGCAGGCAUUGUGAUGGGAGUUUCAAACACUGCAGGAACUUUAGCUGGUAUUGUCGGUGUUGGGCUCACCGGAAGGAUUCUGGACCAUGCUAAAGCAGCAAACAUGGAUCUCGCCGGCACCGAGAGUUGGAAACCUGUAUUCUUUAUCCCUGGAUACCUUUGCAUAUUUAGUUCUGUCAUUUUCUUAUUGUUUUCCACAGGAGAAAGGAUUCUUGAUUGAUGAUUGAUCAAAGAUUUCAAUUGGAAUUAUUUAAUGAACAACUUUACUCAUUCAAAGUUGAUCUUCCACCAAAUUGGGUGCAUUCGUGAGACAAUCUGCAUCUUUCUUUCAUUCAAAAGUUUUACUUGACACUCGCAGGUAUGUUAUUCUUAUGUGAUAUUGAGAUGCCAUUUUAUAGCUUGGCAGAAGUACAAUUUACUUGAACUUGAGUAUUCUUUGAUGCAUUUGUUUGCAUAGAGACAUGAUGCUGCUUUUCAAGUCUGUAUUUUUAUCAGUUCGGAAACAACACUGUUAUGCAUGCCCCUUACUUUUUUUUUAAUUUUUUUUUAUUUAUGUAUCAAAAUAAAAGUGAUAUGUAUGAUGUGUACAAUUUGUAAUGACUUGAUAGUUAUUGUAUCAUUUGGAAUUGUAUUA